AUGAUCUGCAGAAGCUGUCGGACGAGUCUGCGCCUUCGGCUGCACCAACAACCCUCCGUGGCUUGGACUGCCUCUUCACGCCAAUUCCCAAUCGCUCGUGUCCAACUUCGAUCAUACAGUGAUUCUAUUCGACCCGCCGCCGCUCCUCAACAUCCCUCCGAGGGUCGUCAACCUUCAGUCGGAGAUGCCACCACGCCGUCCGCAAUCUCCUCCGCUACUCCCGGAAUUUCCCAACCCUUGAGCACCCCUGAAGGUGUCCACACCAAUGCUCAUCCCGAAAAGCCAGCGAAACCUGCUGUGCAACGCCCACCUAGCAGCUGCCCAGCGGGGACCAAGAUGAACGGUCUCAACUACUUCAAGAAUAAGCCCGAUGUCUUCGCAAAGGAGGACUCGGAAUACCCCGACUGGCUCUGGGAUCUUUUGGAUGAUUCGGGCAAGCAGUCGAACAAGAAAAUUGGCGGCGUUGACCCGAACACUUUGAAUAAGAAGCAGCGCAAACGCUUUGAGAAAAAGCUUGCAGCGCGCACCAAAACCCUGCCCCCUCAAAUCCCCGCCCAUCACCACGCAAGCGAUAUCACACCUGCCUUCUACAACCGUGACGGCACUCCUGUGGACACUGUCGCUGAUGCCACCGAGAGCCAUCAGAAGCGUUCGGAGAUCACGAAGAGUGCGAGAGAAGCCAGGCGCAAAGCCAUCAAGGAGUCCAACUUCUUGCGUGGUCUGUAA